ACUGUCGGCAGCCACGGCAGAUUCACAUACACGAAGCACAAUUAAACUCAUAUGGACACAGCCCACCCCUCCUAGGACGAUACAAGCGAGAGGGACUGGAGAGACUUUUCGCCAUGGAGGCUCUCCUGGAUUUCAACAAGCCCAUAGAUGUGGGCUUGCUCGAUGCAGCUGUUAGUGCCUCGAUGACAUCGGUGGCGGGGGGCGAAGCGCAGAGAGCUGCCGCGGAAAAGCUGCUUCUCGAGUUUCAGGAGCACCCGCAAGCCUGGACGCGCGUUGACACGAUUCUGGAGGUGUCGCAGAACCAGCCCACCAAGUACUUCGCGCUGCAGAUCCUCGAGAACGUAAUUCGUUUCAAGUGGGGAGCGCUGCCGCUGGAGCAGCGUGAUGGAAUCAAGAACUACCUUUCAAACCUCAUUAUCCGGUUCUCCCAGACCGAGGAGCUGCUCCGCAAGGAGAGCACCUUCGUCAACAAGCUCAACAUCUUGCUGGUCCAAAUUCUGAAGCACGACUGGCCGGCGCGCUGGAAGAGCUUUAUCCCCGACCUCGUAGCAGCUUCCCGCACCAGCGAGACGCUGUGCGAAAACAGCAUGAAAAUUCUCAAGCUUCUCAGCGAGGAGGUGUUCGACUUCGCCCGACUGGACCUCACGCAGGCCAAAACGAAGGAGCUCAAGCAAACGCUCACGAUGGAAUUCAAAGCUAUCCACGAGCUGUGCGUGUUCGUGCUGAACAACACGCGCAAGCCUGAGCUCAUUCGGGCCACGCUGGAGACGCUCAGCGUGUUCCUGACCUGGGUGCCGCUGGGCUACAUCUUCGAGGGGAACCUGCUGGAGAUGCUGCUGCAGCUGUUUCCCCAGGCGCCCUUUCGCAACGUGGCGCUGCAGUGCCUGACAGAGGUCGGCUCCCUGCAGAUGGCGACGGAGUUCAACCCGCACUUCGCCAAGUUUUACACCUACUUCAUGCAGCAGCUGCUCAUGGUGGUGCCGCCCAGCGUCAACAUCCCGGAGGCGUAUGAGAAGGGCACGGACGACCAGCAGAAGUUCGUGCAGAACCUGGCGCUGUUCUUCACCAGCUUCUUCAAGGCGCACAUCGGCAUCCUGGAGACGCCGGAGACGCAGCAGCAGCUGCUGGCGGGGCUGGACUACCUGGUCAACAUCUCGUACGUGGACAACACCGAGGUCUUCAAGACCUGCCUGGACUACUGGAACUUCUUCGUGCCGGACAUCUACACCUCCUCCUGCUCCGCCACGGACCCGGCGGGCGUGACGUUCAUGUUCGCGCCGCCCACCACGGUGGGCCUGCCGCCGGCCCAGGGCCGCAAGCUGCUGUACCGGCCCGUGCUGUCCAAGCUGCGGCAGCUUAUGAUCUGCCGCAUGGCCAAGCCCGAGGAGGUGAUCGUGGUGGAGGACGAGAACGGCAACAUUGUGCGCGAGACGAUGAAGGACAACGACGUUCUGGCGCAGUACAAGUCCAUGCGCGAGACGCUGGUGUACCUGUGCCACCUGGAUUACGACGACACGGAGCAGCAGAUGCUGGAGAAGCUGCGCAUGCAGCAGCUCGCGGGCGCCAAGUGGACCUGGGGCGCGCUCAACACGCUGUGCUGGGCCAUCGGCUCAAUCGCCGGCUCCAUGGCUGACGAGCAGGAGAACCGCUUCCUGGUCACUGUCAUCCGCGACCUGCUCAACCUGUGCGAGGUGACGCGCGGCAAGGACAACAAGGCCGUCAUCGCCUCCAACAUCAUGUACGUGGUGGGCCAGUACCCCAAGUUCCUGCGCGCCCACUGGAAGUUCCUGAAGACCGUGGUCAACAAGCUGUUCGAGUUCAUGCACGAGACGCACCCCGGCGUGCAGGACAUGGCCUGCGACACGUUCCUCAAGAUCUGCAACAAGUGCCGGCGCAAGUUUGUGGUGCUGCAGGUGCAGGAGCGCGAGCCCUUCAUCUGUGAGCUGCUGACGGCGCUGACGGACACGAUCCAGGACCUGCAGCCGCACCAGAUCCACACCUUCUACGAGGCGGUGGGCCUCAUGAUCGGCGCCGAGAGCGACCCCGUCAAGCGCGACGACUACCUGCACCGGCUUAUGGGUCCCCCCAACACCACGUGGAGCCAGAUCCUGGCGCAGGCGCGCGCCAACCCCGAGGUGCUCAAGCAGCAGGAGGUGGUCAAGUCCAUCCAGAACGUGCUGCAGACCAACGUGUCGGUGUGCUCCAGCCUGGGGCAGCCCUUCCUGGUGCAGUUCAACGUCAUCUUCGCGGACAUGCUGCAGGUGUACAAGCUGUACUCGGAGCUGAUCAGCCAGGCCAUCGCCACGGGCGGCGCCAACGCGGCGCGCACCACGUUCGUCAAGUACAUGCGCUCGGUGAAGAAGGUGGCGCUCAAGCUGAUUGAGACGUUUGUGGACAAGUGCGACGACCCGCAGCUGCUGGCCAGCCAGUACCUGCCGGCCAUGAUGGACCCGCUGCUGGGAGACUACGCCCGCAGCGUGCCGGACGCACGCGACGCCGAGGUGCUGAGUCUCAUGGCUGCCAUCAUCAACAAGCUGCGCCAACUGAUGGAGCCCGAGGUGCCGCGCGUGUUCGAGGCGCUGUUCGAGUGCACGCUCACCAUGAUCACGCGCAACUUCGAGGACUACCCCGAGCACCGCCUGCAGUUCUUCGCGCUGCUGCACUCCAUCGUCAACUCAUGCUUCAACACGCUGUUCCUGAUGAGCGCGGCGCAGCUGAAGCUGGUGAUCGACUCGAUUGUGUGGGCGUUCCGGCACACGGAGCGCAACGUGGCGGAGACGGGCCUGGCGCUGCUGCACGACCUGCUGGUGCAAUUCGCCGGCUCUGAGUACGCGACGCAGUUCCACCAGACCUACUACCUGCACCUGCUCAACGAGAUCCUGGCCGUCAUGACGGACUCCUUCCACAAGCCCGGCUUCAAGAGCCAGGCGCGCAUCCUGCACCACCUGUUCACUAUCCUGGACGCCAACGUGGUUAAGGCGCCGCUGUGGGACGUGGCCGCCAAGGGGCCCGGCGCCUUCCCCAACAACGCCGCCUUCGUGCGCGUGCACGUCAUCGGCCUGCUGUCGACCUCCUUCCCCAACCUCACGCAGCCGCAGGUGACUGCCUGCGUGUCGGGCAUGUUCGAGUACAAGGACUUUUCGGCCUUCAAGCACCACCUGCGCGACUUCCUGGUGCAGACCAAGCAGUUCGCCAGCCAGGACAAUGCGGACCUGUUUGCGGAGGACGUGGAGAAGACGGUGGUGGAGCAGCGCGAGCAGCGGCAGCGCGUCAUGGCCAACAUCCCGGGCAUGAUCCCGCAGGCUGAGACCAUGGCCGCGGAGGACAUGAACGACUCCUAGGCAUCACACGCCGGGCGACAGCCUUUGCCGGCUGCGCGCGAGAUCGAUUGCCGUCGGUCGGCGCAUGACGAUUGCUGAGUAAACAUCUGGCGCCUGUUGGGUCUCCGCACGGGUCUCAGCCGUGUGCAGGGGCCCCCGGGGCCAGAGCAUGGACUUGCAACCCCCGGGAAGUUCAUGGACUCUCAGUUGUGCGUAUGCGGCAGCCGUAGUCAUUGAGGCUAUGGUAGCUGCGGCACGGCCGGGGUCGUGGACGGCAGGGAUAGUUCGUUCGACUGUACAGCAUGUAGUUUUGACACACACUCAACGGCUCGACUGGCAAGAUGGGUACACGGGAACGAGUCCUUGGGGCCAGGUAGUACCAUAUGCAAUGAAGUCCGCCGGCAUUGCUCAAUCAUUCUCGGCGAUGCGCUGGCGGCUUCCUUGAUCAUUGGUUGGGAUAUGCGCGACUGGCGUUGUUCAAGGUCAAGCUUACAUCUUGUAUGGGGAUAGGGGAUAGGUUGCGAUAGUGUUGUGAGGACAGGCAAGCACUGCCAGGCAGGUGCCGGGCUUGGUAGGGUUGAUGCCAGUAGCAUAGGUUAAGCAUGAAAAAGUGCACGCGUGUUCAGGUGUGUUGGGGGUACACAAUCCGCAGUUCAAGUAGGGGCUCGUUGCUUCACGUGUUGGCAGGAUAUGAGGCUGCUGCACGGCGCUGCCGCUGUCCGGUUGACUUGGGUGAGAGCAUUGGGUGUCUGCUCGUGACGAAGGAUGAGCCGAGUAGCCCAAGGUAGUCGGAGCCUGGGCGAAUCCACAGAAGCAACCCGGUGCAGUCGCGUGCGCGCGGAUGCACAGGGCUGCUCAUUCAAUGCGAAUGCGAUGAUGGAGCGGAGGACCAACGAAAUUGGCCCGUGGAGCUGAGCGAUGGUAUUUUCAGUAUGCCCGUAUAAACUUGCGGCCGGAGGAUCCUGCGGGGCCCGCCGGCCGCAGAGAUGGGCCAUGAAGGCACACACACCGAUCGAGCUUGCCUGUCUGCGGCACAUGCGGGUGGUCAAGCUCGGUCCUAUUGCGGAUUGAUGAAUACAGAGGAGUGAGUGUGGUGGCGAUGUGGAUGCGGAGUGAGGGGAAUUCGACACCGAUUCGCGUGCGUGGCUAGGACUUCGCCGUGGCUAGCUGCGUGCGCGAACCGGUGUCUCCAAAGGUUGAUGUUUGCACUCGUGUGAACCAACUGACGGGCACGACCACAAGGUACGGCCCCACAAUUGCUGCUGGAGUGAAGGUCACAGCUCGAGGCUCUCGCCUGGGUUGAAUCAGUAGCUUCACUUCUGCCUCGGGUCCUAUCGGCUGGUCUAGCUCGUAGGGUGUGUGACUGGGGCGGCACUGCGGAUACGAACUGGAGGGUGCAAUUUCGGCUGAUCCCGCCUGUGUGUGUAUGCUGUGCUAGUGCCUGGCGCAACCCAACGGACAGGGAUAGGCCGACAGGAUGCGAGAGGAUUUGGACCAGCAUGUUGUAAUCCAACUCUAAA